AUGAGGGGACGCAGCAUUGCCCUGUGUGACCCAGCCCUUGCCCCACAGGAGGUGCGAGUCCUCAGGCAGCGGUUCCGCAACCCGGUGGGCCUGGCGGCUGGCUUCGACAAGCAGGGCGAGGCUGUGGACGGGCUGUACAAGAUGGGUUUUGGCUUCGUGGAAGUAGGGACUGUAACGCCUAAGCCCCAGGAGGGGAACCCCAGACCCAGGGUCUUCCGGCUGGCGGAGGACGAGGCGGUCAUUAACAGGUAUGGAUUCAACAGCCACGGCCAUGCUGCAGUGGAACGCAGGCUGCGGGCCCGCCAGGAGGCGCAGCUUAGGCUCACUGGUGCGGGGAUGCCCCUUGGAAUCAACCUGGGCAAGAACAAGAGCUCUACUGAUGCAGCAGCUGACUACGUGGCUGGAGUGCGGACGCUGGGCCCUUUGGCUGACUACCUGGUUGUGAAUGUGUCGAGCCCGAACACCCCAGGGCUGAGGGACCUGCAGGGCAAGGCUGAGCUGCGGGACCUGCUGACCAAGGUGCUGGCGGAGAGGGACUUGCUGCCCUGCGAGCGCAAGCCUGCUGUGCUGGUGAAGAUUGCCCCUGACCUCACUGUGCAGGACAAGCAGGACAUCGCUAGCGUCAUCUGCGAGCUAGGUGUGGAUGGGCUGAUUGUCAGCAACACCACCGUGAGCCGCCCCAGCAGCCUCCGGAGCAGGCAGCACACAGAGCCUGGGGGCCUCAGUGGGAAGCCCCUGCGGGAGCUCUCCACGCAGACCAUCAGGGAGAUGUACUCCCUCACCCGAGGCCAGGUGCCCAUCAUCGGGGUGGGUGGGGUGAGCAGCGGGCGCGAUGCCCUGGAGAAGAUCCGUGCUGGAGCCUCGCUUGUGCAGAUGUACACAGCGCUCGUGUACCACGGGCCGCCAGUGGUGGGGGCAGUGAAGCGGGAACUGGAGGAGCUGCUGAGGGAGCAGGGGUUCAAGAACGUCAUGGAGGCAGUUGGAGCAGAUCACCAGUGCUGACACGCUGCAGAACCAAGGCCUAGCCGGGAUGAGCCGUGGGCAAGCAGGGACAGGUCUGACACUUCCAGUGCUGGGCAGGCUGGGACUGAGCUGAGGUCCUGGUCCUAGCCCCUGAGAAGGGUCAGUGAGGGGUGAAGCUGGGGCUGUGCUGGUGGGGA